AGUUAAUUCCAAUACCAAGAGCUCUAUUUGUUCUCUCUUAAUUCUUUCGCUUAAUUAAUCAUCAGAAAAAAAUAUGAAGAGCUCUAUGCAGUUAAUCUCUACACUCUUCUUCCUAGUCAUACUUGUUGUCGCACCAGGUAUGAAGAUGGUUGUUGAAGGACAACCACAAUUGUGCGAAACGAAAAGCUUAAACUAUAGGGGGUUGUGCAUGAAAUGGAGGAAUUGCAAGCGAGUAUGUAUUAGCGAAGGUUUCCCUGAUGGUCGAUGCAAAGGAUUCUUCAACAACAAAUGUGUUUGCAGGAAGCCUUGUGCUCUUUCUACCUAAAACUAUACAAUAUUAUUAUGAUAAGACAUUAAUAAGAUAUCUACUUUUAUGUAAGUUAAUAAAAGAGCAGAGUACAAAGUCAUGUAUCUCAAAACUCUAUUAUACAAUAAUAUAUGGAUUAUACAUUUAUACUUAGCUUUGAAUAAAUAUCGUAAGUGAAU